AUGGAUCGCCAAGUCAAGCGCAAACGCGCUUUCAGUCAGGCUUUCCAACUUAUGGCCCAAGCUAGACAUGGUGAAAACAAUGACCAGACAGCCAAGCGUAUCUUGUCUUACUCAUUAGGUUCUGCAGCGUCACACUUCCAAGAUCCUUACGAAGAGAACAAAAUCCCUUCAAUUCUCGACUACAGUUCAGUCCCCGAGUCAAUUCCAGGAACACAGAUUCGUUAUCCACCGCCUGUAAACUUACGGUAUGCCAACUCCGCACUCUACAACUAUGCAUCCUUGCAGUUCGAGCUAUAUGGCAAUGGCCCAGGGCCGGAGCUGGAGUCUAGUAUUGGAGUCAUACCAUCAUAUGUUGAACCGAAGCGACAGUUCGAGGGCCCAGUACUCCGUGAAGCUGCUCUUCCUACACCACAGAUUGUUCGCGGCAAGUCGAUAUUCGGGCCUUCACCUUACAUCAGGCCUUCACCUUACAUCAGGCCUUCACCUUACAUCAGGCCAGAUUACAACUUCUCAUCGAAUGACUUAAUCGAAUCCUAUGCUAAGCCUGGACCUGCCAUCUACGGAGAUGCAGAUUCGCCAAUGAGCGAUGCGACAACAGCCGUGGGACCUCUCACUCCGAGUGCACUCAAAUUUAGCGACUUGUCAUUGAACAGUCAAGGGUACUCUCUCCCUUCGUCCUCUCUUCGGGAUGAGAAUCAGGUCAACCGUGCCACCGUCAGAGUCGUACCGACUUCUUCCUUUGCAAGUCUAUUUCCAGAGAUCAAGCCAAACGAGGUGAUCAUCUUGUUCGACAAAGGUAUAGAAACGAGGAAAGUUGAUAAGUACCCGCUGUGUAGCGCAUCUAGGUUUUUCGCCAACUUACUCGAUGGCCCUUUUCUGGACCCUUGCCUUACACUCUGUAUUCGCCUCCGCGACGACUUUCCCUACGCUAUCACUACCUUGCUCCACUUUGUAGAGACCGGUAGCUAUGUGUGGGAUCCUCAGGCGUUUAGAAAGUAUCCUCGACUCACGACACUCGACUUCAACGUGCACUCGUACCUUGUUGGUAGCAAGUACGGCAUUUCUGCGCUGCGAGAUCGUGCCAUACAUGCGUACCUCAGCAUCGCCGACCACGAGAUGAAGUUGGGUUUCUCGGCACUCUCCGGUGAUUGCUUUCCAGAUGCCCAAAUUCCCCUGUCCGGAACUUCGGAUGUAUCACCUACAAACAUAGACAACGACGGAGAGGCUGUGACGAUGCCGAUAGACCGCUUCCUCAACUCACUCGUCUUGCUAUGGAAGAACACGCAGUCGCGCCACGACAUGAUGCGAACAGCUGUGCUUGAGCUGAUCAAGCGUGAUCUGAACAAUCUACUGCAGCUGCCGUUCUUCGUCACACUGAUGACAGAGCUUGUGCGAUUUGGAGAUGAUGUGGUUGCGAGCUUGGGUGAUGAUGGCUUUGAGGUCAAGGCGUUUCAGACCCCUGUGGGUGGCAGACGGGCGUUCACGAUGAUGUUUGGCGUGUAG